AUGUCGAAAAAGGAAUCUCAAGACCUUACAUACAGGUACCGGCAAGACAUCGGUAGAACUGUCGAUGUCCUCAAUGGGGAAUCUUCCAAGGCAUACCGCCGGUUUGGGAAUAUUUCAAUCAUGGAAUCAGAAUAUGGCAGGGUUCGCGACCUCGACCAGGCAGGGUUAGGGCGGACUUGGCAAAUGUCACAGCUCAAACUGCUGUAUCUGAAACAGGAAUUGAGAUCGUGUCACGUCACCACACGUACAAACCCUCCCGUCUACGUCUCUACUUCUACGCUGCUACUCGACUCCGUCCUCCCAAUACCUAACUCCGCCUCACCACUCCAUCCACAUCGAUUCGUUUGGCAGUUCCCUCUUUUGACUGCUCAUCUGUUGUUACCUCAACUUGCUUGCUGGUGGACUGGAGAAAAGGUAGCGAUUGGAGAUAUCUGGGUGUGGUUUCCUAAUGAGGGACGAAACACACCCGAAGUCUUCAAUGCCAACCUUUUCUCCACUCCAUGGGCACAGGUCAAGGUCCCUCAACUUGCUUGCUGGUGGACUGGAGAAAAGGUAGCGAUUGGAGAUAUCUGGGUGUGGUUUCCUAAUGAGGGACGAAACACACCCGAAGUCUUCAAUGCCAACCUUUUCUCCACUCCAUGGGCACAGGUCAAGGUCAUCCUUUCGCUCAAUUACAUCUACAACGUCUAUCUACAACGUCUAUUCUUUGGAUUUGGACUCGAUUCUUCAGACAUACAUUUACCUGAUUCUUUGUUCGAACAAGGUUUGAUUCAAACAGAUCAUAUCGUCAAUCAUUUACCCUCCACCAUGAGCCAGAAACGCCCAUCCAAGAAGCGCUCCUCAAGCAGUCAAAAGUAUGGCAAGCGCCAAAGCAACGCCCGAGACCGCAUCCGGCCCAAUCCAGGUCCUCCUAAUCAUUUGAAUCGCGAUAUCGAACGUCAAACGACAUUUGACGCCCUUCGCAAAGAUCUGGCCGAAGCCUAUGGCUUACCGAGUGAUUGCCGAUUGUACUUCUUGAAAAAACACGAUAUGGCUAAUCUUCCGAAUACCCCUCGCUUACAAAUCACACACCACAAUGCUGUCAUUCUGGAUGCUGAUACAUGGAAAGUACUUCAAGUGAUUCGAUUUACUCCUUUUGCUGACAUGGAUGAGGAGAAAAUGAAAACUAUGAAUUAUACAAUCCAGACUAUUUACCAACAUACGCUGGCCAGAUCGGUGGUCAAAGUCAACCACGGAAUGAAAGGGAUUGAGAAUCCUGGAGAAAUGUAUACGGCCGGUUUUAGGGGCGGCUCAGACAAAGGGCGCACAAUUGGUGUCACUGCACUGAGUGCCAAGACCGGUCGAAGUAUGGAAGCUAUCAGCAAGGAUGAAGCUCGAAUGGACGACCUUGCUGUCAUCAAUGACACGCUUGCCGAGUGGAUGUCUACUCUGUGUAUGCGAGCCUUUCAAUCAAACCGAGACCUGGCAUUAGAAUUUUCAAUUCCUUCUUUCUCCGAUAAGAAGUGGUCAGCAUCUCCCAAUGCAAAUGUAAUUGCCUCCAAUAUCGUAGUUACUCGAGACGGCUUCAACAACAAUCCACAUCCAGACUAUGAUGCAAGCCCAUACGCCUAUGGCCUAUUUGCUCGAAUCGAUCGCACAACUGGAGAACUUCACUGGGUCGAGCUUUCGGAAUACCUAGGUGAUAUUACGCUUGUGAUGGUGUGGUUGAAAGUUGCUGGGCAAGUGAUGAACUCCAUCAUACCUCCGCUUCAACAACCUAUGAUGAAGGGUGGAUGUCGAUCAAUCCCCAGCUAUCACCUAUAA